GUGAUAGGAGGGAAGGAUCUUAACCUGCAUUUGCUUUACGUGGAGGUGACACAAAGAGGGGGAGUUGAGAAGGUGAUUAUGGAGAAGAGAUGGAGGGAAGUUAUAGCGACUUUUAACUUUCCGCCGACGACGACCAGCGCUUCUUUUGUGUUGAGAAAGUAUUAUUUGAGUCUUCUUCAUCAUUUCGAGCAAGUUUAUUUCUUUGGAGCGCGAGGAGCUCUGGUGCCUCCGCCCGAGGGAUUGCAAAGCAGGACUCAGUUGUGUAAGUUUGAUGAUAUGUUACGGUUGGAUUCCGGCCCGGUGAUGAAGAGAAAGAGGAAGUUCACGUCGGAGAAUGUAGCAGGUGACAAUAUCAUGCCCGAAUACACGAGGGAGCAACAACUUCAUCGAUCUCCAUAUAUGGAAUCUCCUAAUCCUUAUCAGAGAAAGAUACCAAUUGUUGUACAAACUAUCCCUAAGAUUCCCAAUGGCCAUUUCUCUGCAGAAUCAAGCUCGCUACAUCAAGAAGAUUCACCUCAGCAUAAUAAACCAGCAGCAAACUCUCUUUUGCUAGCUGUAUGUUGA